UUCGCAAAUAACUUGGACAAAAUGGAGGAGUCCUUCCUCCUCAUCCCUCUCGCUCAUCUCGCCCUCUCCCUCACUCCGUCUCGCGUAGCCUUCCUCCCGACUGCACCCAGCCAGCCUCCUUCUCAUCCUUCUCGAAUCCUGGUUUCCCUCCUGUGCACACCCACCCACCUCCUUUUUCUGCUAUGGUUACUGUGAGCGGGACUUCGACUCGCGAGACCGUGGAUGCGUAUUCGCACCCUUCCUUGCAAAGGUCCGCCGUGAAUUGGCUCUCAGUGCUGUGGGAGACUCCACUCCAACCCCUAUGUUCGCUAUCAGCGACCGGGGGUUCUGAUCCGGCCCCGAUGAUUUCUGAUGACGCUGCAUCAAUCGAUCCCGGUCACAAAACAAUUCCAAGAGUUGGACAGCCCAUCGCGAAUCUCCUCGGUCACAACCAUCGAUUCCGUACCACCGUUGCUCUCGUCAUCGCCGGUAUUGCUUAUGCUGUUCAACUGCUGUUCAACAGAGCAGAUUGCUUAUGCUGACCGCAUCAUUGUGAAUAAGAAAAUCAAUCGCAUGGCCCAACUCAAGCGGACAGAGUUUGGAAAAGUUAACCUGGAUUAUGUUCUUGGAAUUGGUGGAUUUGAUUUAGAGAGCAGAUGUAAGCAGAAAGAGGAAUCCACCUCAGGUGAACAGCCCAUCGCGAAUCUCCUCAGUAAAAUCAGUGCACCUUAUUCACAAUUGUUGACAGAUAUCCAACUCAGACAGAGGAAUACACAUCAGGUGAACAGCAGUUGGAAUACCACAGGCAAGCAUUUUCAUCUCAUAUUUAGAACAAAGAGGGUGUGCUUUACCACAAGGAUAUUUGUCUUGCAAAGUAAUACUUUGCCAUCCAAAAUUUUGUGAACGACGACUGAUUCCUGAAUAUUUCUUCAACUAUCAAGAGGGGCGCUUGAGAGGGUUUGACAUGUAGGUGUAGAUAUAUGUUGUUGAGAGGUAUUGACGUUUAAAGCCAUGCAUUGCAAAUGGUUUUUAAGAAGGAAUUUUAGGAUGGUGCACUGUAUUUGAAUCUAAUUACUUUUCAUGCUAAUAACAUUUCUUACUUUUCUGUGCAUCUAGUAUUGUUUCUACCUUUGCAAUACUGCUUUAUAUAUAUGUGAACAAAUGCAAGAAAGGAUUUUAUAUUACUUUGGCUGCUAAUUGAUUAGUUUCAAAUGCAAGAAAUGAUUAGUUUCUAAUGUUAUAUUUUUAUGGUUCAAAAAGUGUAUAGAUGUCAUAGUUGAUCACUCGUUGUAGGAGUGUGACCAAUGCGCCUCCCGUAUUAUCAACACCUACUGCUUCAGCCGUGAGUGCUACAUUGAUUGGGGAGCCACACCCCUUAUUGAGGCUAUUCUUAUGGCAUCCCAGGUGCUCGCAUCAUCGACGUCAUUAGUGUCGGUUCAGUCGCUCAAUGCAUGGCGACCACAGGACAAGUCAUAGCCUGACGGAGGAAGUGGCAAUCCUAAAAUGUCAGCUUGCGGCCCAACAAGCAGCCUGGGAGGCCAAACCAGCAGCCUGAGAAACCAAGAUUGCAGCCCAGUUUUCAGCCCAGAAUAAGAAGAUGAGUAUGAUCUUACGGGCCUUACAGAUGUCCGGCCUUCAAAUCCCGAUGCCAGCACCUAAUCUUGCUCCACCUUUGACCUCCUAGCCACUUUGCCCAGUCGAUACCCAGUAGCCUGAUGCAUCAAGUCUAGUAGACUACUUCUUGUAGUUUUUUCUUUUAUGUUCAAACAUCUUGUUGUUUAUAAUUUAAUUACAAUAUUUAUUAAAAAUUAAAUAAAAAAUAUU